AUGGAAGAUUUUAAAGAUCUAACAGAAAGUUUUAUUCAAGACAUGAUUGUGAAUUGUGGCUCUCAUAUUCCAAUUUCUUAUGUAUAUAGUUAUAUAAAAUCGAAAAAGAGUGAUAUUUCUUUUCAAAAUUAUUAUUUAAAAGAGUUGAUUAAGAAGAGGACAAGAACAAGAUUUUCCUACAAGGAUUACGGAAUUAUAUUCUGCUUGCUGUGUAAUGGAGCACAACCUUUUUCAACAUGUGAAUUAGACGACGAAAUAACAAUUUAUGAGAGAGUUCUACAGAUCAAUGAUGUAUAUUUGAUUGAACUAUUCAAAUGUUUCAUUAAUCCUCAAGACGUUCCAUGUGAGAAGUCUCUGAAAUUAAUUUUAAAUAAUUUCGUUGAUGAUGAAGAUUCCUUUUUGCGUCGACACACACCCUUGCACAUGGCAGCCACAUUGCCAAAUGCGAACGUAACAAUCACUCUUUUGAACAAGAAAUUAUGUUGUGAGGAGAAAACCACAAACGAGGAAACACCGAUAUUCUUUGCUGUGAAAAACAACCAGAUGGAACAAGUGAAAACCCUUCUGAAAUACGGAGCCAACCUCAGAGCGAGGGACAUAAACAGCAAUACAGUACUUCAUGCAUUAUGUUCUGAAGAAGGAGAGAUUAAUAUCGAACUGUUAGAAUUUUUAUUAAAUGUCGGUUGUGACCCGAAUUCAUUUGGCACAAAUUCGUGUACCCCUUUACAGAUGCUUGCUGAAAAUGGAAGAAUAAAUAAUGCAUUGGAGUGUGCAGAAUUACUGAUCAGAAGAGGAGCUGAUGUCAAUUUGCAAAACCUUCACGGCGACACAGUUCUGCAUACAUUAUCCUACUCUUGUGACGAAUCCCAGUUCAUUCUCUUUCUCGAAUUACUGUUGAAGAGUAAAGCUGACACGAAUAUAGUCAAUCAUGACAACAAAACAUUUUUGGAUGAAUUAUUAUUGGACUGCUGCCAUUCUAGACGACAUACUAUUUUGAAACAUCUGAUUUUGUUAGAUAUCAAUGGAAAAUAUCAAUUCUGUGUUAAUCCAAUUCAUUGUGAUUCGUUGGAUGUCGAUUUCCAGAAAAGGAGUAGAAAAGAAUUGCUUCAUUUACGGUCCCGCAAAAUAGCUCAAUUCCAAUCACAACCGGAAUAUUCUCUGUUUGUGAAUCAAUCUGACAUAGACAUCAUGGAAGAUUUUAAAGAUCUAACAGAAAGUUUUAUUCAAGACAUGAUUGUGAAUUGUGGCUCUCAUAUUCCAAUUUCUUAUGUAUAUAGUUAUAUAAAAUCGAAAAAGAGUGAUAUUUCUUUUCAAAAUUAUUAUUUAAAAGAGUUGAUUAAGAAGAGGACAAGAACAAGAUUUUCCUACAAGGAUUACGGAAUUAUAUUCUGCUUGCUGUGUAAUGGAGCACAACCUUUUUCAACAUGUGAAUUAGACGACGAAAUAACAAUUUAUGAGAGAGUUCUACAGAUCAAUGAUGUAUAUUUGAUUGAACUAUUCAAAUGUUUCAUUAAUCCUCAAGACGUUCCAUGUGAGAAGUCUCUGAAAUUAAUUUUAAAUAAUUUCGUUGAUGAUGAAGAUUCCUUUUUGCGUCGACACACACCCUUGCACAUGGCAGCCACAUUGCCAAAUGCGAACGUAACAAUCACUCUUUUGAACAAGAAAUUAUGUUGUGAGGAGAAAACCACAAACGAGGAAACACCGAUAUUCUUUGCUGUGAAAAACAACCAGAUGGAACAAGUGAAAACCCUUCUGAAAUACGGAGCCAACCUCAGAGCGAGGGACAUAAACAGCAAUACAGUACUUCAUGCAUUAUGUUCUGAAGAAGGAGAGAUUAAUAUCGAACUGUUAGAAUUUUUAUUAAAUGUCGGUUGUGACCCGAAUUCAUUUGGCAAAAAUUCGUGUACCCCUUUACAGAUGCUUGCUGAAAAUGGAAGAAUAAAUAAUGCAUUGGAGUGUGCAGAAUUACUGAUCAGAAGAGGAGCUGAUGUCAAUUUGCAAAACCUUCACGGCGACACAGUUCUGCAUACAUUAUCCUACUCUUGUGACGAAUCCCAGUUCAUUCUCUUUCUCGAAUUACUGUUGAAGAGUAAAGCUGACACGAAUAUAGUCAAUCAUGACAACAAAACAUUUUUGGAUGAAUUAUUAAUGGACUGCUGCCAUUCUAGACGACAUACUAUUUUGAAACAUCUGAUUUUGUUAGAUAUCAAUGGAAAAUAUCAAUUCUGUGUUAAUCCAAUUCAUUGUGAUUCGUUGGAUGUCGAUUUCCAGAAAAGGAGUAGAAAAGAAUUGCUUCAUUUACGGUCCCGCAAAAUAGCUCAAUUCCAAUCACAACCGGAAUAUUCUCUGGUGAGAAUACUAAGUUCGACUGUAAGGGAAGUGUCCAGAUUGUGUUGGAAUCAAACAUUGAUAACAGCCAUGUCUGAAUUCAAGGAAAGAAAAUUCCCAAUUUACGGUCGUGAACUCAAAUGCAAAUUUGAAGCUGGGUUAAGACUAUUCCUGGAACAACAAGCAGCUCAUGAAUUUUUCACUGUCGUCUCUAAAGGAAAGCUCAAUUAUUAUACCAUAAUCGAAAUUUUAAAAUACAUACCAGUACAAGAAGUGGAGUUGAUUAAGAAGAGGACAAGAACAAGAUUUUCCUACAAGGAUUACGGAAUUAUAUUCUGCUUGCUGUGUAAUGGAGCACAACCCUUUUCAACAUGUGAAUUAGACGACGAAAUAACAAUUUAUGAGAGAGUUCUACAGAUCAAUGAUGUAUAUUUGAUUGAACUAUUCAAAUGUUUCAUUAAUCCUCAAGACGUUCCAUGUGAGAAGUCUCUGAAAUUAAUUUUAAAUAAUUUCGUUGAUGAUGAAGAUUCCUUUUUGCGUCGACACACACCCUUGCACAUGGCAGCCACAUUGCCAAAUGCGAACGUAACAAUCACUCUUUUGAACAAGAAAUUAUGUUGUGAGGAGAAAACCACAAACGAGGAAACACCGAUAUUCUUUGCUGUGAAAAACAACCAGAUGGAACAAGUGAAAACCCUUCUGAAAUACGGAGCCAACCUCAGAGCGAGGGACAUAAACAGCAAUACAGUACUUCAUGCAUUAUGUUCUGAAGAAGGAGAGAUUAAUAUCGAACUGUUAGAAUUUUUAUUAAAUGUCGGUUGUGACCCGAAUUCAUUUGGCAAAAAUUCGUGUACCCCUUUACAGAUGCUUGCUGAAAAUGGAAGAAUAAAUAAUGCAUUGGAGUGUGCAGAAUUACUGAUCAGAAGAGGAGCUGAUGUCAAUUUGCAAAACCUUCACGGCGACACAGUUCUGCAUACAUUAUCCUACUCUUGUGACGAAUCCCAGUUCAUUCUCUUUCUCGAGUUACUGUUGAAGAGUAAAGCUGACACGAAUAUAGUCAAUCAUGACAACAAAACAUUUUUGGAUGAAUUAUUAUUGGACUGCUGCCAUUCUAGACGACAUACUAUUUUGAAACAUCUGAUUUUGUUAGAUAUCAAUGGAAAAUAUCAAUUCUGUGUUAAUCCAAUUCAUUGUGAUUCGUUGGAUGUCGAUUUCCAGAAAAGGAGUAGAAAAGAAUUGCUUCAUUUACGGUCCCGCAAAAUAGCUCAAUUCCAAUCACAACCGGAAUAUUCUCUGGUGAGAAUACUAAGUUCGACUGUAAGGGAAGUGUCCAGAUUGUGUUGGAAUCAAACAUUGAUAACAGCCAUGUCUGAAUUCAAGGAAAGAAAAUUCCCAAUUUACGGUCGUGAACUCAAAUGCAAAUUUGAAGCUGGGUUAAGACUAUUCCUGGAACAACAAGCAGCGCAUGAAUUUUUCACUGUCGUCUCUAAAGGAAAGCUCAAUUAUUAUACCAUAAUCGAAAUUUUAAAAUACAUACCAGUACAAGAAGUGGAGUUGGUUAAGAAGAGGACAAGAACAAGAUUUUCCUACAAGGAUUACGGAAUUAUAUUCUGCUUGCUGUGUAAUGGAGCACAACCUUUUUCAACAUGUGAAUUAGACGACGAAAUAACAAUUUAUGAGAGAGUUCUACAGAUCAAUGAUGUAUAUUUGAUUGAACUAUUCAAAUGUUUCAUUAAUCCUCAAGACGUUCCAUGUGAGAAGUCUCUGAAAUUAAUUUUAAAUAAUUUCGUUGAUGAUGAAGAUUCCUUUUUGCGUCGACACACACCCUUGCACAUGGCAGCCACAUUGCCAAAUGCGAACGUAACAAUCACUCUUUUGAACAAGAAAUUAUGUUGUGAGGAGAAAACCACAAACGAGGAAACACCGAUAUUCUUUGCUGUGAAAAACAACCAGAUGGAACAAGUGAAAACCCUUCUGAAAUACGGAGCCAACCUCAGAGCGAGGGACAUAAACAGCAAUACAGUACUUCAUGCAUUAUGUUCUGAAGAAGGAGAGAUUAAUAUCGAACUGUUAGAAUUUUUAUUAAAUGUCGGUUGUGACCCGAAUUCAUUUGGCAAAAAUUCGUGUACCCCUUUACAGAUGCUUGCUGAAAAUGGAAGAAUAAAUAAUGCAUUGGAGUGUGCAGAAUUACUGAUCAGAAGAGGAGCUGAUGUCAAUUUGCAAAACCUUCACGGCGACACAGUUCUGCAUACAUUAUCCUACUCUUGUGACGAAUCCCAGUUCAUUCUCUUUCUCGAAUUACUGUUGAAGAGUAAAGCUGACACGAAUAUAGUCAAUCAUGACAACAAAACAUUUUUGGAUGAAUUAUUAAUGGACUGCUGCCAUUCUAGACGACAUACUAUUUUGAAACAUCUGAUUUUGUUAGAUAUCAAUGGAAAAUAUCAAUUCUGUGUUAAUCCAAUUCAUUGUGAUUCGUUGGAUGUCGAUUUCCAGAAAAGGAGUAGAAAAGAAUUGCUUCAUUUACGGUCCCGCAAAAUAGCUCAAUUCCAAUCACAACCGGAAUAUUCUCUGGUGAGAAUACUAAGUUCGACUGUAAGGGAAGUGUCCAGAUUGUGUUGGAAUCAAACAUUGAUAACAGCCAUGUCUGAAUUCAAGGAAAGAAAAUUCCCAAUUUACGGUCGUGAACUCAAAUGCAAAUUUGAAGCUGGGUUAAGACUAUUCCUGGAACAACAAGCAGCUCCUGAAUUUUUCACUGUCGUCUCUAAAGGAAAGCUCAAUUAUUAUACCAUAAUCGAAAUUUUAAAAUACAUACCAGUACAAGAAGUGGGCAAAUGUUCAUUGACCUCGACCUAG